CAACAAUUAGUUAACUGCUCUUGAAUGAAAAUAAAUUGUAGGGGGCGUAUAAGGUUGAAUCCUAUGAAAAUGGCUGCGACCAGGCGGCUUCAAAAGGAACUAGGGGACCUAAAAUCACCAAGUUCUGUUCUCAAGAAAUCUUUUCGAGACAUAUGUGUAGAUGAGUCUAAUAUACUCCUGUGGCAUGGAUUAAUAGUUCCAGAAAAUCCUCCGUAUAAUAAAGGGGCUUUCAAAAUAGAAAUUGCAUUUCCUGCUGAAUAUCCAUUCAAACCACCCAAAGUGAUUUUCAAGACAAAAAUUUAUCAUCCUAACAUUGAUGAAAAAGGCCAAGUGUGUCUACCUAUCAUUAAUGCAGAAAACUGGAAGCCAGCUACAAAAACAGACCAAGUGGUGAGUUCUCUGAUUGCUUUAAUCAACGACCCUGAACCAGAACAUCCUCUCAGAGCAGAUCUAGCAGAAGAAUAUACCAAGGACAGGAAAAAGUUUAUGAAAAAUGCUGAAGAGCACACAAAAAAGUUUAGUGAAAAAAGACCAGCUGAUUAGUAAUUCCUCAAUGCCAGUUGUAAAAUCCAGCCAACUUUUAAAGUAUGACAAAAUGCUUUUGGACUGAAACAUUGAUUAUGGUGAUGUACAUUUUCCCUUGAGCUUUCUCCUAAGAAACUAUCUACUGAUGAGACCAAGUUGUGUAGAAGAAUUGUGUGCAGUCCAGCUGAGUUGAUUCAGAUGAACAUGUAGUAUUGUAUAAGGCACUGGCACAUUUACUGCUUUAAUCUCUUUAUGUCUGACCGACCAUUUCAUUGUUUUACUCAUUUCAAUUGUGACUUCUCAGGACCCAAGACGUUGGUAGCUAUUUCAUGCCUUCAGAGAAAAUAAGUUCUAAUCAUAUAUUUUGUUUAGCAUCUCUCAUUUAGUUUCAUAGAAAUGAAAAUGGUUUACAUUUAAUGGACUGCCAAUUUAGAUGUUACAGACAUUAUUUUAUAUAUUUUACACUAAAUAGUUUUUAGCAUUAAGACUAGCUCUACAAUCAACAAUAAUGGGUGUCUAUUGUGUUCAAGCUUAUUUUUCUUAAUUUGUAGCUGAACUUUAUUAAUAAAACCUAACUUCAACUGAGAAAAUCACUACGCCUAAUUAUACAUUUUUUCCAGCUUAAAAAAAUUUUAGUUACCUUUUGGUUGCUUUGUAAUAGGUUGCUUUUUAAAUUGUGUUGUUCUUUGUUUAAAUAUUGUGACUGCUGUAUUGGAAAUCAUUUUUAUCAGAUUUACAGUACCGGAGUACUGUUAAUUAUCAACCUUAGUUUUGUUUCUUGAAAACUAUCUGAAUAAUAUAAAGGAUGGAAGUAAAAUAUGAGACCCUUUCUUUCGAAUAGCAUGUCUUGUUUCAACUCACUAGCAAGCAUUUUUUUCUAGUUAUUUUGUGACUUCUCUUAGUCCACUUGUUCGAGCUUGUUUUUUUAACGUAAAUGGUUUCACCAGUGUUUAAACAAUAUGGUAAACAUAUUGUCUGUCAGCUUGGCUGUCAACAGGGGAAAGGCAUGUAUGACUGCAUUCUUGUCAUUGUUAUUCUGUUGUGCAUGUGAGGUGAAUAUCUCUGAGGUGUGCUUUAGCCCAGGUAACGCCUUAAUGAAUGUCCUAACCAUUUUCAUGUUACAUGUACAGUUUUUAGAUUGUUAUUUAAAUGUUUAUUUAUAUACGUAAUAAACUUGAACUUGCUGC